AAUGCAGAUGGUGUCAUGCCUCUCCAUAUACUCAGAGAACAUUCCGACCUCCAAUCAAAAGUUCCUCCAUACUUCCAGAUAGCUUCCAUUCCAAGCAUAACACCCCAUACAGACUGCACACACAGGAAUGUGCAGGGUCGAGUGGCUCACAAGGGCCCUGUGGUAUCCAGUUCAGAUAAUGACUACAUUCUUAAAGCUGUCAUCCAAGAGGAAGACCUCCAGCAGAGCUGUGCACCAGCAGAGGCAUCAAUCAGUGUCAUUCUGUUUGGUUCACUGGCCAAGGACUUCUCACAGUCUGUCAGUCAGGGGGAUGUGGUCCUAAUCACUGGAUUCACCGUCAGUAAAUCUCCCACUGCUGAGCUGGACAGACUUCACCCCUGUCACCUAGUGUUAAAGGGCCCGGAUGCCUGUGUGUAUGUUUGUCCCUCAGCUUGUCCUCCCUCCAGAAGGAUCCCAGCCGUCAGCAGCAGCUCUGAGCCAAAAUACACAUAUAUUCCCCUAAACGAGCUGAAACCCAGGAUGGUGGUGAAUGUUUAUGGUGUGGUGACCUUCUUCAAGCAGCCUUUUCCCACCAAAGGCACAGACUAUUGCUCAACACUGAAGAUCACUGAUCAGUCCAACGCUAAGAUAUGCUGCAUGAUCUUUUCUGAGAAACUUGAGGACCAUCCAGAAAUCUUCAGAGUCGGGGACAUCAUCCGUCUACACAGAGUCAAGACUCAGUUGUUCAACAGUUCCAUUACGCUGAUGACCAGCCUUGGUUGGUCCACAGUAACGUUUGAUGGUACAGUGGACAGUCCAGUGGAGCCACGCUCCUCCAACAGCAAGUCCUUCCAUUUUGAUGAAGUGGAUAAGCAUAAGGUAGCGGCACUGCGGCAGUGGGCUGCUAGCCAGUCAGCCUUGUUCAGUAAGGCCACUAUCCCCCUGUCUGCCGUACAGCCUAAAAUGUACUUUGAUCUGACCUGCCAACUGCUGGCCAAAGCCCGCAUGGACAGUCGCUGCAUUUUACUGAAGGUGUGGGAUGGGACUAAAUGUCUUCAUCCUCUGCUGAACGUGGAACCAGAGUCUGUAGAGGGGGAUACCAGUUUCCUCGAGGACAAAGAGAACCUCGUUGCCAGCGUACUUGUCUAUGACAACCACACGGAGCUUGCAGGAGCACUGAAGCCUGGAGUGUUCCUGCGUUUCUACAACCUCCAUGCUGUGCCUCAGGCUUCUCCAGGUCUCCUCCCAGACUGUCCCAAUCAUCUGGGUUUCCAUCUGCAUGGGGGGACAUCGUAUGGCCGCGGCCUGCGGGAGCUCCCCUCAGACAGCCCAGACCUGUUCCCCCUCAAGAGAGCAUUACAGGCCCAUGCUAAUUUGGAUAAUAAUAAUUCAGUUGGUGAUGAUACUCUUCUGGAUAUCUGGCACACCCCUCCAGAAUCUGUAGGUAGGUUUCCGUUCUCACCAUAACUCUCCCAGCCCAGUCUCGUUAUGAAUCAGCACAGCUAUUCUGCUUACGGAGUUCGGACGUGUGAGCACACACUGCAGCGUGUGACUCUGGCCCGUGUGAAGAGAUCCUCUCCUCGAGUCCACCACAUCAGAGCCCAAAUUAAAUCCUACCAACCACAGAGACUCUACCAGUGUCUUAAACUCUUCUGUCCAAAGUGCAAAACCAUCCGGGAAGUCCCUGAUGAUGAGACCAUAGCACAGCAGUUUGAGGAUGCUUUGGGAGACAGUAGCCCCUGCAGUGAGCACUGGGCUGUGUCCUCCAGCAUGGACGCCAUACAGCAGGACAGGACCAUCUCCAUGCACGUCUCAUCUGACAUGGUGCUGCAAAACACACACUCACAGCUGGUUUUCAUCCAGGGGAUGACUCUGGUGGAAAUGUGUGUGAUAGCACAGGGACAUAAGAACCUGGUCCCUGUCAGGUCCUCUCAGGGCAGAAUGAGUCUCCUGGACCUGUCUGCCCCAUUCCUCUUCUGUGGGGGAAGAAGACAUUACAGGUGCAGGCAGUGUUCCCAGAAUAACUUUGUGGAGCCGCUGGUGUCUGGAGUGGAGGUGUGGAAUGAGCAGGGUGUGGCAAAUGCUUUAGGGGUGCAACUGAUGCAGUAUGUCAUGCUGCUGAAGUUUGAGCUGGAAGAUGAGACCGACUGCCUGGAGGCCUUGCUGUGGGAGGACGCUGAAAAGUUCUUUCACGUCUCCGCUACUGAGACAUCACACCAAAAGGACCUACAGGAUUGUAUUAAGCAGACCAUGACCAGUUUUCAUCCACCAGGGGUCAGCAGAGAGAAACGUCCUUGGCUGGAUUUUUGCCUGACUGCAUACACUGUAGAUGACACGGAGCAGGGCCAUGUGUGCUACCAGAUCUUAAACACAGAGACCAGAAAAGUUCAGGAACUCAUGCAGUCAGCUCAGUGA